CGCCCGCGGCGGUGGUGGCCCGCUCUCUGCUUGUUCCUCUGCACCCGUUGCCCGGCCCGCCGCCGGCGCCACCACCGCUACCAUGGCCAUGAAAGGCCGCUUCCCCAUCCGCCGCACCCUGCAGUACCUGGGCCAGGGUGAUGUCGUGUUCAAGGACUCGGUGAAGGUCAUGACGGUGAAUUACAACACGCACGGGGAGCUGGGUGAGGGCGCCAGGAGAUUUGUGUUUUUCAACAUACCUCAGAUCCAGUAUAAGAACCCCUGGGUGCAGAUCAUGAUGUUUAAGAACAUGACCCCGUCACCAUUCCUCCGCUUCUACUUAGAUACUGGGGAGCAGGUCCUGGUGGACAUGGAGACCAAGAGCAAUAAGGAGAUCAUUGCGCACAUCAGAACCAUCCUGGGGAAGAAUGAGGAAACCCUCAAGAAAGAGGAGCAGGAGAAAAAGCAGCUCUCUCACCCAGCCCACUUUGGACCCCGGAAGUACUGCCUGCGGGAGUGCAUCUGUGAAGUGGAGGGGCAGGUGCCCUGCCCAGCCUUGGUGCCAUUACCUAAGGAGAUGAGGGGGAAGUACAAAGGAGCUUUUAAAGCUAGUGCCCAGGACUGAGGCUUGGCCUAUGGGACUGAGGGGGUUGGGCCUGACCAUAUGGCCACAGGGAAGUCCCAGAUCCUAUCUGUCUCUGGAAACUGGACAUUUGUCAACGACAAAAAGGAUCUUUUGUAUACCUGUGAAAAAAGAUUUUGGAGAGGGGGAGAAGGAGCUGUAGCUGAGUUGCUGAAUGAAUACCCUUGUCCUGUUGUACCAAUAAAAUGUUUUGUCCCCCC